UUGGGGGCAGCCAGAAUAGGCCUGCUAAAAACUGGCCCGGCUUUUUUUUUCCGAUUUCUUCAGGCCAUGGGGCGAGGCCCGCGGGCCACUCCGCGCGCUGGGUUUUGUUUAUUUUGUGCCGCAUGACUUUUGGCCCCCGCCUUUCCAGUCGUUUUGUUUCUUUAGUGCGUUCCCUUAGAGGCGUCCCCUAGGAGCUCCCUUAGGGGAAGUUUCUAGAUGCCCUUUUUUCUAGAAUUCAUUUUCUAAGGGCGCCCCUAUAAUCUAUAAGGGCGAAGAAUCCGAGUAAAAGUUCUAUAGUUCUACUUUAUGAUAGCGGAGGUCCUCGCGACUGAUUCAAUUUCGUCUGAGAAGACGUGGGAAAGAAGAAGCACCGCGAAGUGAAUCAAUGUGACAUAAUGACUCGUGGUGCUCCUUUACUUCGGCGAUCGCACAACUUGGAUUUGACUUUACUCCAAUG